AUGGCAGAUGACGCCGCAACAGACACUCCCAGAUGGAGAAUCUCCAAGGCAUGCGAAGAGUGUCGUCGCAGAAAGAUCCGCUGUGACGGCGCCGAGCCUUGUCAGCACUGCAAGCAAAGAAGCCUAGAAUGCGAAUAUCGCGGGUUUGUGCGUCAGCGCAAACGGAAGCACGAGCUCGUUUCCAGAGACGCUGCUGCCGAGGAUAAUGAGGACGAUGGUGUCGCUGAUCCUCCUCGGGCACCGUCAAUAUCGGUGCCAAAGGCAACGGCAACGCCAUCAGCGAGACCUUCAGUCUCUGGUACUGCUGGUAGAAACAGUGUGAUCAAUUAUAGCGUGGCUGCGACGCAUGUUGCCUCCCCGUCAUGCGUCAUUCAGCUCUACUAUGGCCCGACAUCUAACUUCUCGCUGAUGCAGUUGAUGUAUCGGCAGCUGGUCGAGGGCUACAAUAGCAGUAGCAGCAGCAGCAACAACGAUCCUUCACGCGAGAUUGAAGAAGCUGGCCCUGGCUUGGAUCUUUUCAGCCAUAGGCGAUUGUUUUUUGGGGAUCUAGCUGGGAACCAAGACAUGUCGAUUUCAGAUACAGCCGGCUUGGCUUCGUCUGUAUUUUUUAUUCUCCCAUCUACGGCAUCUAAAUACCUGGAGCGGUAUCUUUCAACAAUCUACUACCUGAUGCCUUGGCAACCUAAGGAGGAAUAUCGACGGCGAUUGGAGCAACUGUACGAUAAGGGCCACAACAUGUCCCUGGAAUCACCAGAAGCGACUAUCAUGCUUUUGUUUCUCGCAAGUGGCGCCGCGAUGGUAGAGGACAUUGAACAAGGAGAGUUCUUGUUCAAGAAAGCAAAGGCUAACGCGGCUAAUCUUGAUGAACUCGUCAAUUUGCAAGCGAUUCAAAUACCGCUUAUUAUGAUAAUCCGAAAGGCUAUAGCGGCUGGCUUGCAUAAAAACACACAGCUUCAAGUCGAACAAACAUCAGGGGAUGCCAGUGAAAAGAGGAUCACUUUCUGGAGUCUUUUCUUUUAUGAGAGUUGGAUUUGCUUUGGUUUGGGCCGACCGAUAUCUAUUCCAACCCACGAAAUCGCUAUUCCCGAUCCCCAGGACCAGCCCAUGCUUCUUGCUCUCGUCGAGCUAUCACGUACCAUGGCAAAAUCUGCACGAAACAUCUAUGGUCAGCGCCAUGACUCUCUCUUGCCGAUGUGGAAGAACGCCAAGGAGAUUCGGAAAGAUCUUCAAGCUUUUGCACGACGUGUACGUGGUGUCUUGAACUUCGGACUUGAAGCAUCUCCAAAACCGGGGGAGGUAGGGGUCUGUCAGACUAUUCUGCUCCUAUUGUAUCAUCACGUGACACUUCUCACAUUCCGUCCUUUUCUCAUCUUCAGGGCAAGAUGGCAAAAAGACAAACCGGCAAAAAAUCAUGAAGACUCACAGACCGAUGCCAAUGAUAGUGAACAAAACACCCCGUCAUGGCUGCAUGAAGCGUGUGAAUCAUGCCUGGAAUCCGCAAGGUGUAUCAUCCGUUAUCUCUCAGAUGCAUAUCAAGUGAACAUCCGAGUGCGAGAAAUCAAAUACCACGGUUUUUUCCUCGAAAGUGCCUGCUUCACUCUCGCCUUUGACAUGAUGCACACGAAUUCUCGAACCGCAGAGAAACACUUACCAUGGGUUCGAUCUGGCCUCCGAUGCCUGGCUAGCAUGCUUCCCAAGAAUCAGUUCCAGGAACAAAUUUCCAUGACGAUGGCCGCAAUUCAGCAGAUGCUCAUCGCUGUAUUCCCCGGCCUGGCAGCUGGGGGUGGUCCUGAUUUGAUGUCGAGUGAUAUUAACAAUCAGAACUUUGACCAAAAACCCGCAGCCGCAGCUGCGGCUGCCGGAGCCGGCGGCGGUGGUAAUGAAGAAUUCUACAAUGGUAGUCCUAGCAAUGGCAGCAGCCAUGAAUAUAUACGAACCCCCACUUCACAUCAACAGCAGCAAUAUCAACCACGCAAACCCCAACAACAACAACAGCCGUUCAACAAAUACAGCCCCAACACUGACAUCACCAAUCCAUCCGCGUCCGCCUUCUUCAAUUCCCUCGGUCAGAACCUGCUGAUGACAACCCCAAUAAGCGGCGGCGACACCAGCACCGACAGCAACACCAACAAUAAUCCCGACGAACUUGUCGAUUUCACCACGGCGGAUAUUAAUUGGGAGAACUUUGAUUUUUCGACUAUGGAUUUGGAGGCAUUUCUGUCGAUUGACCCUACGGUGGGGAAUGAUAAUAAUGGUACGAAUCAUAAUGGUGGUGGGAAUGUUGGCUUUCCAUUUCCUAUAUGGGGAGGUGGGAAUGAACAAGGGCAAGGUUUUGGUGCUGUAUGA